CGGGGCGCGCACCGCAGAGCGCGGCCUGUCCCGCCCAGAUGCCUCAGUAGCUUCAACGGAUCCCCUGCUCCCUGGCUCCCAGAAAACAGCCCCUGGCAGAGCCAUGGAAAAAUGGCCAGGCAGGCCCUGGCUGUACGCAAUGCUGUGUCUGUCACUCCCUCAGCUCUGCUUAGAUCAGGAGGUAUUAUCUGGACACUCUCUCCAGACACCCUCGGAGGAGGAGGGCAGAGUCCCAGAGGGUGUCUGGGGAUCGUGGGGCCAGUGGAACUCCUGCUCCCAGCCUUGUGGGGUCGGAGUGCAGCGCAGGAGCAGGACAUGUCAGCUCCGCCCAGGCCUGUCGCUCCCUCCCCGGCCCCCAAGACAUCCAGAAGCCUUUCGGUCAAGGGGCCAGGGCCCUAGAUCCCAGACUUCCAGAGAGCCCCUCCCCCUGCACAGGCCACAGCCUCGGGGAAGGGGGGGCCCCCUUCAAGGUCCUGCUUCCCAACUGGGCAGAGAGGAGACCCAAGAUACCGAAGGAACCCGGAGGUCUCGGGUUCGAGACUCCAUCAAGCCAGGGAUGUUUGGUUAUGGGAGAGUACCUUUUGCCUUGCCACUGCAUCGGAGCCGCAGGCACCCCCGGAAGCCGCGCAGAUCUGAGCAACCUGAAACAACUUCUAAAGGGGAUGGGCCUCCUUCACCCCAGAUUCCAAGAGCAGACAGCUCUGCUCCCCAGACUCAGCUGCCAGAACUGCCUAUCCACUCCAACAGCCCCUCAGCAGAACUUCUGAGGCCUGAAACUACUCAGACACACGCGUCCCCCAGAACUGACCCUGCCCCCACACAGUCCCAUCCUGGAGCCCAGGUUUUUGGCACAGGGCUCCUCUCGCCUACCCAGUCCUCUGGAGAAAAUGGUUCUUUUCAGGGCGCCCAUCAGCUAAGAACACCAACUUCCCAGGCUUGGACCAGUCCCCAUGGAGGAGAGAGACACCCUGAUCCUCUCCGUUCUGUCUCUCGGCACCGGGCCCAGGACCGAGGCCAGCAGAGCAGGGGACACUGGCGACCUAGGGGGAGUCACCACAGGUCCCCAGAAGGCUGGCUGCCUCUGCUGAGCACUGGCCCCCACAGCUCCCUGUGGAGCCUCUUUACUCCCAGCAGCCCUGACCCCAGAUGCUCUGGGGAGAGCGAGCAGCUGAGAGCCUGCAGCCAAACGCCCUGCCCCCCAGAGCACCCAGACCCCAGGGCACUGCAGUGCGCUGCCUUUGACUCGCAGGAAUUCAUGGGCCAGCUGUACCAGUGGGAACCCUUCAUGGAAGUUCAGGGCUCCCAGCGCUGUGAGCUGAACUGCCGCCCGCGGGGCUUCCGCUUCUACGUGCGUCACACCGAAAAGGUGCAGGAUGGGACCCCGUGUCAGCCUGGAGCCCUCGACAUGUGCGUGGCUGGACGCUGUCUGAGCCCUGGCUGUGAUGGGAUCCUUGGCUCUGGCAGGCGCCCGGAUAGCUGUGGAGUCUGUGGGGGUGACGGUUCUACCUGCCGCCUCAUUUCGGGGAACAUCACUGACCGGGGAGGCCCCCUAGGCUAUCAGAAGAUCCUAGGGAUCCCAGCCGGAGCCUCCCAGAUCCAUAUUGCCCAGCUUCGGCCCAGCCCCAAUUACCUUGCACUCCGAGGCCCGGGUGGCUACUCCAUCAUCAACGGAAACUGGGCUGUGGAUCCUCCAGGGUCCUACCCAGCCAGUGGGACGGUGUUCCAGUAUAACCGUCCCCCUAGGGAGGAGGGCAAAGGGGAGAGUCUGUCAGCUGCAGGCCCCACCACCCAGCCUGUAGAUGUCUACAUGAUUUUCCAGGAGGACAACGCAGGUGUUUCUUAUCAAUAUGUCGUCUCUUCCCCUCCUCCAGUCCUGGAGCGCUUCCCACCAGAGCUCCCUGCCCUCCAACUUCAGCCCGAGAUGCUGAGGGGAGAGCCCCAACCUGCUUCUGCACCCCGUCCCGUCCGGACCCCAGGCACCCUCCAGCGUCAGGUGAGGAUCCCCCAGGUGCCUGCCCAGCCCCAUCCCAGGUCACCCCUGGGGUCUCCAGCCGGAUACUGGAAACGAAUGGGGCACUCCGAGUGUUCAGCAUCCUGUGGCAAAGGUGUCUGGCGCCCCAUUUUCCUCUGCAUUUCCCAUGAGACCGGAGAGGAGCUGGACGAACACAGCUGCGCAGCGGGUGCCAAGCCCUCAGCCUUCCCGGAACCCUGCCAUGGCCCGCCGUGUCCUCCCUACUGGGAGGCUGGCGAGUGGACGUCCUGCAGUCGCUCCUGCGGCCCCGGCACCCAGCACCGCCAGCUGCACUGCCGGCAGGAGUUUUCAGGGGGCGGCUCCUCCGUGCCUCCAGAGCGCUGUGCACAUCUUCCCCGGCCUGACACCACCCAGCCCUGUCAGCUGCGCCUCUGUGGCCACUGGGAGGUCGGAUCCCCCUGGAGCCAGUGCUCUGUGCCCUGCGGACGAGGCCAGAGGAGCCGGCAAGUUCGCUGUGUGGGGAACAACGGCAGUGAAGUGAGCCCGCAGGAAUGUGCUUCGGGGCCCCCUCCGCCACCCAGCAAAGAGGCCUGUGACAUGGGACCCUGUGCCACGGCCUGGUUUCACAGUGACUGGAGCUCCACGUGCUCUGCUGAGUGUGGGACGGGGAUCCAGCGGCGCUCGGUGGUCUGCCUCGUGAGUGGGGAGACCCUCAGGGUGGGCCAGGAGGAGCCAGGAGCCGGCGCCGGCGAGCAGGCCUGUCCUCCCAGAAGCCGCCCUCCUGACAUGCGUGCCUGCAGUUUAGGGCCCUGCGAGAGGACGUGGCGCUGGUACACGGGGCCCUGGACUGAGUGCUCUUCAGAGUGCGGCUCUGGCACACAGCACAGGGACGUUAUCUGUGUGUCCAAACUGGGGGCCGAGUUCAAUGUGACUUCUGCCAGCAACUGUUCCCACCUGCCCAGGCCCCCUGCCCUGCAGCCAUGUCAGAGACACGCCUGCCAGGACCGCUGGUUUUCUACAGCCUGGAGUCCGUGCUCUCGCUCCUGCCAGGGAGGUGUGCAGAUGAGGGAGGUCCAGUGCCUGAGUGCCAACAAGACUCUCAGCACCCGGUGCCCUUCUCACCUGCGACCUUCCAGGAAAAGGCCCUGUAACGCGCAGCCAUGCAGCCAGCAUCCGGAUGAUCAGUGCGAGGACGGCUCUCCACACUGCCCCCUGGUGGUGCAGGCCCGGCUCUGCGUCUACCCCUACUACACGGCCACUUGCUGCCGCUCUUGUGCCCACGUCCUGCAGCGGUCAGUCGUGGGGCCCUCCUGAAGUGGGUCCACGGACCCUCUCUCUUCUUGUUUUCUCGUGCCAUCACUGGACACCCACUGAAGUCUGCUCUGCACCCUCUGGCUCCCGAGCCUGUCCCAGCCUCACCUGGGCCACGUCCUCCGGGGCGAGCAAGGGUGGCAAGGUCAGUGGCAGUGACUUGCUCUGUGGCUGGGUCUGCCCUGGUGGCGUGGUGGCCCCGACGGCCCCUGGAUGUGUGUCCUCAUCCAUGCGUAUCGCCUUCCAAAGAGCAGCUCCACUGAGAAGGGACAGGGAGGGGGACGGGACGGAUGUCCUGAAGCUUUUGUGAGCUGAGGAUAGCCAGGUGGCCAUUCCUCGCCCGUCUGAGCUACCUGAAGGGUGGUCUCCGCCACAAUUGCAAGUUUUCAUGUUCUAAGCCAUCCUGUUGUCGCCGAUUCCCCUCUCCCGCACUUUCCAGGCCUCCCUGAUUAGCCAGGGCUAAGAGGUCCUACCUUACCCCUGCAAGAAAGACCACUUCCCCAAAGCAGGGACCAGCUGGGCAAAGUGGGCAUAAGACACGCUAGCCCUCGCCCCCACUUUACACCUCCUAAGAUGGUCCCCACCCCAGAACUAAUUUAUUUUUUAUUAAAGUUGAUCGUGACAAAUAAGAAA